AUGCCCGCCAAGUCUGCUCCCAAGGCUACUCCGCCCAAGAGCGAGAAGAAGAGUGCUGCCAAGGCCCCUGCACCUAAGACUGAGAAGAAGGCACCCGCUCCCAAGGCACCCGCUCCCAAGGCACCCGCGCCCAAAAGCACCGCUGCUGCGCCCAAGGCUGCCGUGAAGGAGACGAAGCAGCGCACUGAUGGCGGCAAGCACCACGGCGUGUACGUGAAGAACUGGGGUCAAGGCUCUGUGGACGACGCCAAAGCGAUCUUCAGUAGCGCCGGUAAUGUUGUCGGCGUGAGGGUGCGUCGUCGCCGCUACGCCAUCGUCUUCUUUGAGAACGUGGCGGCAGUGAAGAAGGCCAUUGACCUCUUCAACGAGAAGGAGGUGAUGGGCAGCGUUGUGUCCGUUGUUCCUGCCAAGACGACUCCGAAGCCUGACCCGCACGAGAAC